AGUUUUAGACAUGUUCUCCGCCAUCAGACUCGCGGGCCGCCGCACGGUUGGCCAAGUGCGUAUGUAUGCAUCUGACGCUCCCGCCGCCGCUGGAACCGUCAAAUUGACCUUCGGAUCACCAUCAGAAGGAUUCUACCAUGAUGUAGUUGUAGACCAGGUGAACGUACCCAGUCAGGAGGGAGAUAUGGGUAUCCUAGGCAAUCACGUACCCACACUAGCCGUCCUCAGACCUGGAGUUGUGUCUGUGUACGAACAAGGGCAGGCGACUCCUAAGCAGUUCUUUGUUAGCAGUGGAACCAUAACCAUCAACGAGGGUUCCGGUGUACAGGUUAUCGCUGAGGAGGCUGUCAAGCUUGAUGCGCUCGACCUGUCUAAAGCUCAGCAGGGACUAGCAGAGGCUCAGAAGGAGGUACUAAGUGCCAAGUCCGAUGUGGAGAAGGCCGAGGCUGAUAUUGCGUACGACACCUACCGUUCUAUGGUUGCUGCCCUUCAGUAGUCUUCUGCUUCUUUGCGUAUGCCUGGGUCGAUUGGCUCCUGUCUGUCAGUCAGACUUUUAGAAAGUGCAUAAAGUCAUAAACCCAAAGUGAUAUAUCAUCAAAUAUCUUGUUUGGGUUUAACUUACUUCGCGGAAUCGAUAACAAUGUAAUUACGACACUUUCUGACUUUCCCUCGGCUUAUGGGAACUUUAGAGACACCAUGUUUUGCUUAUACCUACGUG